AUACACACACACACACAGGCAGUGAAAUAGAGAGGGAAUCGUGUGUUGCAAGUGUGAACGGAGAGAAGAAAGAAGAAAAGAAACGACGACUGCCAAAUAUAAACAAAUCGUGAUUUUAAUUCGACGUUUUUUUAUUUUGAUCAUUCCAUCGGUUUCUGUAUUAUUUCCCGCAAAGCAAUUGAAACAUCGAGUAACAAAUCAAUCGCAUUCGUCAGUGUUGUAAAUUAAAUUAAGAAAGCAGAGUGCAAAAGAAAGACGCAAUGGCAACGCUUGAGGAUAAAAUAUUGGGUGAUGAUAAACGGCAGAAUUAUUGUAGUUCGGAUGAGGGUGAAGGCGAUGACGAUCAAUAUGAAAGUGCUGAUGGAUCACCGACAACGGCUGGUGCACAAUCAUUAUCCGCAUCGCAUGAGCCGAAUCAAACGUAUUUCACGCGUGAAACCGACAAAUGGUCGGGCAGUUCAACAAAUACCGGUCCAAAAGGUGUAAUCAAAGACUGGCAACGCUUCAAGCAAUUAGAAACGGAAAAAAAUAAUGAAAAAGAAACCGAAAAAUUGGCGCUCAUGAAGAAAUUAUGCAUUACAACCAAAACGGUAGCCGAAGAUGGUCAACAAACCGAACAGGAUGAGCUGGAUGCCGAAUUGGCGGAACUAAUGAAUGAUGACAGUAUUUUAUUGCAAUUUCAACAGCAACGUAUGCGUGAAAUGCUCGAACGAUGUGGAAAACAAGAAAAAGUAUUCGGUUCAGUGAUUUCAUUGGUCAAUGGUGAUGCAUUUUUAAAUGCAAUCGAUAAUGAAGAUAAAUCCGUCCCGAUAAUCAUUCACAUUUACGAAAAUAAAUUGUUGGCAUGCAAAACGAUGAACCGUUGUCUCGAUGAAUUAGCACAAAAUUAUAAACGGGUGAAAUUUUGUAAAAUUGCCGGUUCGGCAGCUGGUAUGAGUGCAAACUUUAAAAUCGGUGGCAUUCCCGCAUUGUUAGUGUAUAAAAGUGGAAAUUUAAUCGGGAAUUUUGUUCGUUUGUCAGACGAGUUGGGCGGCGAUGAAUUUUUUGCAUCCGAUGUUGAAGGAUUUUUAAUCGAACACGCAAUGUUACCCGAUAACAGUCACAUGCCCAUCAUUGUCACCAAGAACACCAACGGCAAUGAUGACGACGAUUGAAUUUCGGUCGCAGCUCGAGUUUUUCAUAAUUUUUUUUUUGAAUUUCAAGUUUUUUCAGAGACGAAUCUCAUGUAUUUCAUACUCUAGGCAUUAAGCAAACGAAAAUCGCUAAAAUCGUGCUAAAAAUGUUUACACACUUUUUAUGUCUUUGUCACUAAAUGAGAAUCUAUCAUAAAUAAACGCUGAAAACUUGUAUCAUCUUCUUCCGAAUUGGCUUUGAAUUCAUGCAACAACAAAAAGAAGAAAAUUAAAUAUAGACCCAUUAGAAUAAAUAA